AUGGAACAAUUAAUUUUUUUCCACGAUCACGCAUUAUUAAUUUUAGUUAUAAUUACUGUAUUAGUUGGAUAUUUAAUAUUUAUAUUAUUUUUUAAUAAUUAUGUAAAUCGAUUCCUUUUGCAUGGACAACUUAUUGAAAUAAUUUGAACUAUUCUACCAGCAAUUAUUUUAUUAUUUAUUGCUCUUCCUUCUUUACGAUUAUUAUAUUUAUUAGAUGAAAUUAAUGAACCUUCAGUUACUUUAAAAAGUAUUGGUCAUCAAUGAUACUGAAGUUAUGAAUAUUCUGAUUUUAAUAAUAUUGAAUUUGAUUCUUAUAUGAUCCCUACAAAUGAAUUAGCAACUGAUGGAUUUCGAUUAUUAGAUGUUGAUAAUCGAGUAGUUUUACCUAUAAACUCACAAAUUCGAAUUUUAGUAACAGCUGCAGAUGUAAUUCAUUCUUGAACAAUCCCAGCUUUAGGAGUUAAGGUUGAUGGAACCCCAGGUCGAUUAAAUCAAACAAAUUUUUUUAUUAAUCGACCAGGUUUAUUUUAUGGACAAUGUUCAGAAAUUUGUGGAGCUAAUCAUAGUUUUAUACCAAUUGUAAUUGAAAGUGUUCCUGUAAAUUAUUUUAUUAAAUGAAUUUCUAAUAAUAAUUCUU